AUUGUUUGUAAUCUGAGUUAUUUCACCGAAUAUGAUAUUUUAACCUUAAAGAAAGUGGAUAACGGGAACUAAAAAUGACUACCCGUGCAGCAACAUUCAAUUCAAAGAUCAAGAAUCUAAAAGACUACAGAUUUCGGAUUCUUAACAACUUGACCCCACAGCCCACUGGAAUUGAAAUUGAAAACACACUUAAGUACUUUUCCCAGACUUUAAGAAGUGUUUUGAAAGAUGUUCCCAACAUUCCAGCAGAGAGCUAUGGACCACGACAGAGGGACAGUGUACGGCAGUCUGUUUUUCCCAAUCUGAAUUAUACAGGGUUGUACUAUGCUAUCCUGAACAUGAUAGAUAUUGUACCUACGAUGCAGAUGAAACAGAUAGAAAUAGGGGAGUAUGUUCUGAAAGUACUGGGAUGCCUUGUUCCAUUUUUGGAGCAUGAUCUUCUGGAUUCUCUCCCUUACACUGUGGCUUCAACCUUAGCAAUCUUCCCUCCUACAUUACACAAGGACACCAUCGAUCUGCUCUGUAGCAACAUGCUGCCAAUGACUUUGGGUUAUGAUGGCUGCUUUGAGCCCUCCUAUGCCAGUGAGUCAGCAGCAGCUAUUAUUACCAUGGUCCUCCAGCAUACUGACAAUGGCUCAUUCCACUCGCAGAUUCUAGAAUGUUUUAUGAGCAUUAAAAGAGACCUGAUUAAGGAUAUCCUUAGUAUUGUGGCUUACGGGCCUUUCACUGCCAGGGCACCUGCUGCCAAUCUGUUGUUUUAUUACUGGCCUCAGCUUAAUCCUGCACUGACAGAUAGAAGAGGAAUUCACUACAAGUACACAGCUUGGCCUCCAGUACUGUGUCAGAGACAAGGCUGUGUUAACUCAGGGAACUGUCAGGCUGUUAAGAUGUGUUUAAACCCUGCCCUGGCUAUUCACUCUGGAGACAAGCCCCCUCCUCUGUAUAUCUGUAGUGACUGUGCAGAUGAACUGAGAAAGGAACACAGUGAAUACAUUACAGAUAUUCUACUGCCAAUGUCACAUGUAUCAACAGUGUGUGAAAAUAAGAACUGCAGGUCAGAAGACAAUCUUGCCGUUUGUACAUGUUUUUCUAUCGAGUGUGCCAGCUACAAUGGAAAUCGACCAAUCAGAUAUUGUGAGUACUGUGACAUCCAGCGCCACCACGGACAAAAGGGGGAGCUCCACAUUUACCACCGCAGUAUUCCAGAAAUAUGGGACUGUAACAUGGAAGUCCAGAGGUACCUUACUGAUGGCAUUGUAAGCUUACUAAAAGAGGCCCAGCCAAUAGAAUCCAAGCGUUUGCUGGAGAUGGGAGAAGACUACCAGCAGACAACAGCAGAGGAGGAACAACUUCUGCUGAUAGAAGAAGCAGGAGAGAGAAAAUUGCUAAGUCGAUAUGGAAUUUGGCUGCUGGUGGAACUUUGCACCCCCAGAGAGGAUAUUCCUAUUGAGGUGCUGGGACGCUUAUUAGGGAUGUUAUUUCAGUGGUUUGAUGCUACAGCAUAUUUACCUGAUGACAAUGUUGGAAAUGCAUUGGAGAGAUUGAAGGAUGAAUAUGUCUGUGAUUGGCUGGAUGAAGUGGCCAAGACUCACUUUGAGGUCAUUGUGUCCUGUUUGCUCCCACACCCAGUAGAGUAUGCUAGAGUCGGGGGAUUUUGGGACACAUUGUGUUCCAGAACAGUGCAAAUCAAAGAAGGCCUCAAUUGUUUCUUUUGUUUGGUGCCAUAUGAUGUCAUUACUUUUGAGAUAUGGGACUAUGUGAUGCCUUAUUGGUUAGAGGCAAUCCGAACUGAAGUACCUUCAGAAGAUUUGCACCAUCUCAAAGUUUUGUUGAAUAAGUCUUUUGAUAUGGACUUGUGCCCUUUACCCUUUGGAACAGACUCUGACAAGAUGUACCAUUUUAUAUCAGAAAGAUUUGACGACAGCAGUGCAUAUGUACAGGAGCAAGCUUUACAAUGGCUACAGAUCCUUUCCACACUGGACAUUUACUUGCCAAUCCACAUGCUGUUGAGUAUGUUUAUAUCUGGAGUACAGAACAUGACAGAGCUCCUUAAACAACAAAGUACAAGUGAACCGGAAUCCCCCAGCAAGGAGGCAAAGCCCUCCCAGCCUCGCUCCUUCCCCCAGAAUUCUCCAGAAGAAGAAUGCCCUCCUCCUCUCAGCCCAGCUAAAUCUCAUGUGGUGGUGGAGGCAUUUGAAAUUUAUGAUCGAGAGACAGAACUUGUGCUGCCAUGUUACAUCAUGAUGCUGGAUUUGAUUUUAAAACAGCUGGAGCUUCAAAACUUUCCUAAGUACCUUGGACUGUACAAUGAGACUAGCCGUCAAAUCAUGCAGUUACUGACUCUAAUGCUGGGUACCCAUUGGGAUGGCACACACAUCUGUAGUGAUGAACAGCAGGCUAACAGUUGUAUGUUCUGUCAGAACACAGCUCUAUGGCACCAGGUCACUUCACAGGUUAUGCAGAACUUCUGUCCUUUGAGCCAGGUCAAGAUUCCAACAAAGGAAAUUCCACGAGUGGACGAGUCCAAACGAUUGUCAACCACCCCAACAUGCAUGUCGAGGAAAAGUUCAGUUACCUCCACUGAUGAUGUUGAGAGUACACCUGGGGAGAAAGAAGAGGAAUAUCCAGGAUUUGACAUGACUAGUAUGCCACUACACUUACAACUCCAUCAUGCCUUCUUACAGGAGCUUGAAAAUACAACAGAUACUGAUGCUGGGUUUGCUUUGUUGACAUCUAUGAAGUAUUUGAUUCUAAAUGGAGAGUGUUUGAAUUACACCGUGACACAGUUCCCAGAUUAUGUCAAAUUCUCCCUCAGCAAGUUCUUGAUUCCAAAUUUGUGGAAAUCACUGAAGGCCAAGCAAUCCCAGCUGGCUUAUGUAGCUGUCCCACUUCUUUUACAUUGUCUGACCCUCCCCACGGGGGCAGAUGUCUUUUGGAAGUUGGUGGAGGAGGACUUUACCAAUGAUGAGUGGAAGAUCAGAUUUGCUGCUGUGGAGAAAGUUACAGUACUGGCCAGAUUUUUAGAACCAGAUGGUCUACAGAACAACCAGAUUAUUCAGACAGCCCUGGCUCAUGCAUUCUGUUUGCUGAUUGGCUCAGUGGAGGACAUCAAUGCAGCUGUUGCCCAAAGGGCUACUCAGUAUCUAGAGACCAUCAAAUUUGCAGCAAUCAAGUGUUUGUGUAAGUGUCUGGAGUUCCAGUUUGACCAUGUGAUCAGUGACCGGAUUAUGAUCCUCCAGAGGCUUCACCUCCUCUCCAACAUCAUGAAGGAGCAGGAGAUCCUCAACUGGGAGUUCUUCCUCGCUCGGUUUGAUGCCCUGUCCCUCGAGGCUCAGAUAGAUCUGGAAAAUAGUGGUGAACUAGCUUGUCUUACAGAUUUGACAAGCAGUGAUCGAGAUAGUGAACAUUUUUUAAGAAAGUUGAACCGUGCUCGAUUUGCCCUGGCAAGGACAGACAGUAUUCGCUCUGUUAGUAAAAGUGUAAAGCCACCAUACAGACGAGCUGUGUCUGUUCCUAUGCACCUGCUGACAAAGACCACACCUCCCAAAGAGAUUCUCAAUAAGUGGAAGAUGCUUAUGCAUAAAGUCCUUUUGGAACAAGCUAAAGAGAAAUCCUGCAUUAGACAACAGUCAGCUCCUCACUUCAAUCUAGGGAGGCGAAUGACCACCAGGAUGCAGUUUGGAGCAUUUAGUAACAUUUUUCCAGGAGGUAACAUCAAGGAGUUUACAGAUGAGGAGAGUAAUUUUACUGCCCUCCUACAGAAAGCCAUGGAUCUGGAGGGUAUUGACCGAGACACAGUGUACCAGUUAGUGGCUCUGUUGAUGAAGUUCAUGGUAACAGUGAAACAAAAUGAUGACAAAAAGAAAGAUAACAGAAUUCAGAACAUUGUACUACGACACCUGAAUGUUCUCCUGGGAUACAACCAGACAGAGAAAUCCUUCAGUGUACCCCCUCAUAAACUCAGAUCAUCUGCUGUUUUUAAUGCUUUCUUGAGUGGAGUUCCAUUUGUACUGGAUCGUAAUUUUGACCUGGGGAACCAGAUACUCCCCAUCACACUGUUGUUACUCCAGUAUGGACCCUCCCCCCAGAGAUACGCCAGUGACUACCAGCCCCCCAACUACACACUAUGGUACAUGGAGCCCUAUACUCGCAUAUCCUGGCUAACCACACUGCUGGUUAUACUGUAUAAGUACCAAUUCUACACAUCCCCAGUGUCUGCCAUAAUUCAGACCCUGGUAAGAGUUGUGAUCAACACAAUUGAUGCCCAACAUCACCGCUGUAAGAAAUCUCACGAGGAGGGGUUCCUUCCACCGAGUCCUUCUAUGCUCAGAAGUAAAGAUUCGACAAAAUUGAAUGACUUGGAAAAAAUUCAGGAAACGGACACACCUCCACAGAGUCCAAAGGUCAAGGACUCAGUAGAAGUGAACUUGAUGUCACCUCCAGAGUAUAGCACUGUCCAAUACAAAACAAAUAACACUGGGGGUGUGUCUCCUUCAGAGGAAGAACAAGGGCAGGAGGUGUCUGAAACCCCCAAACGACCCUCCAAACAAAGGAAACCAAGAAGGAUUAUAGAAUACACAGAGCCUGAGGGGGAGAAAAGUCUUAAGUCCCGAAAACAGUCACCAAGGAGAGCUGCAGAGAUCAGAAGGGGUCAGCAGAACAUUAUGUCCACUCCGGAAAGAUCCUCAUCCCCAGCUCGUAUAGAGACGACCCACACUUCUGACGUGAAGGCAGACACUCCAUCAGUGGACCUUAUAAUGGCCAAACAGCUGAAAGAAUUCAGUGAAAAGGAGGACAGGUCAUUCAAAGAUACGUAUUUAACUAGUCCUGAGGUCUCUCAGACAACAGACACUAGUAAAGGAAUUGUGUUCAGCAGCAGUGUGACUGACGCCUCCAGCACGCUGACUGGACAUACCUCUACUACUGAACACAGCAAUGAUAUGACAUCUGAGGUGGAGAGCUGUGCAGAAGACAGUGAGAAGCAGACGACAUCAGACACUGAUGGAGAGAAAUACACAGGGGGAGCCACUGACUCAGGGGAUGCUGACACACUUGAGGAGGGUAAAGCAUUAUUGCGGACAUCAAGUGUAUUGAAAGGUAGUCAGCCCAGGUUCAGAGCCCGUAAGCCCAGAAAAACAGGACUGAUCACAGUAGAGCUACAGAAGGCCUUCCCAGAACUGAAUGAACAGCUUCAGGAGGAGGCUGUCAUCAAACCAGGAGGGAGAAGAGCUAGAAAAAGUGAGUUACUUUCAAAACAAAAAGCUGCCAAGAAAGCCUCAUCCUCUAGAUAUGGAGAGAAUGUCAUGGUAGAACGCUGCCCAGAAUGCAAUGCUGUUCUGGAGCAGUAUGAUGAAGAUACUAUUGGUUACUGUAUCAUCGUCCUGGCAACCUUCAUACACAGAGAACCUGCUUUAGCUACACCUCUUUUGUUGGAGACUCUGCAAUGUGUGGCCAGAAUUGCAUCAAGCAGCCCAUAUGUUUGGCAGGUUGACAGCAAUGUCAUGGUCCCAGGAAAUAGUGUCAGCAUUGCCAGACAGUUCAUCAGGUGUGUGCUGCACCAACUGGCUCCCAAUGGAAUCUUCCCAAUGCUGUACCAGAGUAAUUUUGAGGAUGUAGACUUCUUUAAGACUAUGGCUGCAGCUUUGGCAGACUUUACAGAGCUUCCCUGUCAUGCCCCCAUACAACUUCUUCUGGAGGGUCUGAACAAUAAGAAGAGUCUGCCCUCUGAUACCAUCAUCUUAUUGCUUAACAAUCUGGCAGACUACAUGAAUUGUAUCUCCUUGGAGACGUCUGCUCCUAUGUGGAACAGCAUUGUGGGUAGUUUUGAAAUCUUCUUGAGAAAGCUGUACACUGUGUUGCCAACACCUUUUGAUCCAUCCUCACUUUUGAAAAUCAUGAUAUCUAUCCUGAAGGUGUCUGGGAUUAGUAACUCCAGGUCAAUAUUGGAGCCCUUUUCCAAACUCUUGAGUUUUACCAUCUUGAACUGUUCAUUCAAGUUGCAACAGGUGCUGGACAUUUGUUCCUUAUGUAACAGGGUCUUUGUCAAGGAGAGAGACAAGAUGUACUUGACUAGAACUGUAAUCUUUGAGCUUGCCCAGGCUCUCAAGUUUAAACACAGUUUACCAGAUGAAAAUUUCCUGCUCUUGGUACAGUUUGUAGUGUUAGAUGCAGGAGGAACACUAGGGUCCACUAACAUCGUUAGUGAGAUGUUGAUGCUGUACAAUCUUCAGAGUCAGAUGUUGAUCAGCACCUGUGCAGCAGAGUGUAUGAGGGACCACCUACAUGAAUGUACAGAGUUUGUGGCUGAUCUUCAUACACUUACCAAAAUAAAGAACAAUAUGAAAGGGGGAGGAAGCAGCUAUCUGAAUGAGGACACACUUGGAAAUCAACUGAAGUCGGGGAUAGCUCAGUUUGUUGCCUUGGAGAUCACUCGUGGCAAUGGCCGUGACAACAGAGCAAUUUCUCGAUACCUACCCUGGCUCUAUCAUCCCCCCUCAACGGUACAGCAAGGUCCAAAGGAGUUUACAGACUGUAUUGGCCACAUACGUCUUCUUUCUUGGCUUUUGAUUGGUUCCCUGACUCACACAGGAAUGACAGAAGGAACUGCCCCCAUUUCCUGUCAGCCGAUUCCUCUGGAUGCUAGUUCCUACAUUGCAGAACAUGUGUUGGUUAUCAUGACUGGUUUUGAUGAGAGAUCAAAGGACUCGGUGUUGCACAUGAGUUCCCUGUUCCAUGCUUUUAUUCUCUGCCAGCUGUGGACAAUGUACUGCGAGUCCACUGCUGCCCAGUAUCCUGUGGACAGUGAGAACCACAAACUGGCCUCCACAAUGGUGAUGGACUUUUGGGGGCGUGUCACUCCAGGGAUUCUGCAGAUGUUAAACACUCCUAAAGAGUUGGCAGAAAUGGUCAAUCUCCAUUUCCUAAGUUUGAUGGAGGCCUUAAGGGAGUGCAAUUCUUCUGUUCUGGCCAAACUGUACCCCAUGUGGACCUCAAUUUUGUUCACCUACCACUCACAGUUGCCUGGUCAUUUACAAGUGAGACUCCAGACAGUGGAGAAUUGGAAACCCCCCAGUACAUCUAAGGACCAGGCGUCCUUUAAUAUCUUGUUGACAUGGCUGAAGCGCAUACAGUUCAAACUGGGUCAGGUGGAGGUGCAGUCCUCAGCUGCUACUCAGUUCUACUCUGUGUAAUCAGUGCAGAUGGAUGGGGUAAAGAUAGGGCACUAGGAUUUGAAGACUCCAUGUAAUCUGUGCAGAUGGAUUGGGUAAAAAUAGACUACAAGGUUUUCAAGACUCCAUGUAAUCUGGGUUGUUUAACAGUAGCAUCUACGUAAAGCUACGCUCUUGAAUAGAGAGCUAGCCUAGUCACUAUGUAGGGAGAGCGAGCAUAAAUAUUUGAUGCUAAGUACCAAAUCCAAGAUGGCCUCCUUAGUUACAACUUUGCAGCACAUAUGAUUUUAACUAAAUGGGAAUUAUUUUGUACAUCUUAGCAUAUUAAAUGUAUUUAACAUACAUAUUUUCGCUUGAAAUAAACUUUUUUGCUCCAAAAAUAAGUUUAUACUGAUAUAUUUAUAUUUGAAAUUUAACACUUAGCGGCUAGGUUAGCUGUCCAUUCAAUAGAGAUAGAUACCUACAACCUAGCUGCUAGAUUAGCCAAUAUGAUCUUGAACGCAGCCCUGUGCAGAUGGAUGGGGUAAAAAUAGGCCACUAGGAUUUCAAGACUAUCACAAUGACUGAGUAAAUGUUUUUGAUCAUGGAUUAAAUCACAUGCAUUGUUUUUUCUAGCAUGGUAGCAUUGAGGAACAAUUACAUUGUUUCAGAUGCUAGUAUUUAAAGAACUUUAAAUGAUAACUAUUUUAGAGCAGUUAAGAUUUGAUUGCUCUUAAAAAAUUACAUGGAGAUUUUGCUUUUGUUUUCAAGGUGAAGAUGUAUCAUACGUGUACUAUAUAUUAGUGUUUGUUGUAUAUUUAAAGAAUGUAAUUAACUGUAAAUGCUAGAAUGUAUAAACAGUUAUCUCUAUUAAAAGGAGUAUAUAUGCAUUUCUAUUUGGACAGCCACAAAAAUUGCCAGUUAGACAAUAUUUAAUUUUUAAAUGUACCGAACACACAAAAUUUGGGGGUAUUCCAAUUUUAAAAGUGCAGUAAUUGUAGUAUUUAAAAAAAAUUUCCUUUCAAAAUGUUGAUUUUUCAUAUUUACAAUAUGUACAUAUAAGGCCUAUGUACAUGCAUACAUGGUUAGUUUUUUUCUGUGUUAUUUUCACCCCAACACACUUCCAAAAGAUUUUAUCUGAUUUCAAAUUUGCACAGACACGGUUGUGUUAGAACAGAUCUAGAAAUAACAGUCUCUGUUGAAUUCACCCACUGACAACCAGGGUUGAAGGGGCGAAAAUAAAGUUGAGGUGAAAAUUUCCCUGUAUAUACAUGUAGUAGUUUGCCUUAAUAUCUGACUGAUGUGCUAAAUUUGAACAUGGAUAGAAAAAAAGUUCAUUUUAUUUUUUUCAGACUAGAGAUCAGAAUAUGGUUGUGUAAUAGAUCAUAUUAAUAUUUGUUUGUUGUUUUGGCAUGUUAUUUUUUAGAAUAAAAAUAAAGUUGUAUUUAUCAAA